GGCGAGGCUGAGCCGCUUCCCGGCCGUGCUCUGAGGGGCCGGGGCGAGGCUGAGCCGCUUCCCGGCCGCGCUCUGAGGGGUCGGGCCGCGCCCUCCCGCGGGCCCAGGGCGGAGCGGCCCCGCUUUCGCUUUCGUUUCCUCGCGGCGGCGGGGUCACGGCGGUGGCCGGAGCGGUGGGAGCGGGCGGCGAGGCCCCGGUGAGGCGAGGCCCUGGCAACCGCCGCCGCGGGCAUGGCGGGCCGCACGGUGCGGGUGCAGGGCUUCCCCGCCGAGCUGCCUCCCGACAGGGCGGCCGACAAGCUGACCAUUCACUUCCUGCGCUCCCGCAACGGCGGCGGCGACAUUGCCAACGUCCGGGUGCUGCCCGGCUCCCUGCCCUGCGCCCUCAUCACCUUCGAGGCGCCGGAAGUGGCCCAGAGGAUCCUGCAGGUGAAGAACCACGUGCUGGCAAUUGGGAAGACACAGUACCCGCUGGAGGUGACACCCCACGCUUCAGAGCUGAGCCCCAAUGAGAUCUUCAUACACGUGAGCAUGACAAUUGACUAUAGCAGGCUGCCCACGGGCAAAACCCUCCUGAAGGACUUGCACAAAGAGUACAGCAAUAUACACUUCAGCUUUGACUCCAAGCACAUGCAGUGCAUAGUCCAGGGCCCAUUCACUGAGCUGCAGACCUUCAGCAGAGACCUGCUGGGCAACCUGAACCUCAAGAACCAAGCCACUGGCCAGAUCCUCCUGCCAGCUUCCAGCUGUGGGGCCAAAGAGAUGGGAAUGCCUGAUCAGCAGCAAGUGCCUGACUCCACUGGGUCAGCACAAGAGGCAGCAAAGCUGCCAGAUUGUGACCAGGUGCAGGAAAUGGCAGCUAAAGUCUCUUCACCUCAGAGCCCAGUGGGUGAGGAAGCUGUGGAACUUUUGGGGAAGCUGGAGGACUUUUCCCUCGUCAUGGACUCGGACAUUUACUUGUACAUGCAGAGGUUCUGCGCUGCUGAGUACCAGGGUGUGCUGCACCAACAUCACGUGGAUGUGGUGGAUGCCAGUGGCGAUGGCAUUGCUGUGUUGUACCUCCAGCCAUCUGGAGGAGUGUCUGGGGACAGAGAUGCCUUGAGACAGGCCCAGCUGGCCCUGCAGCAGCUCUACCAGCAGCUGGAGGCGAGCCUGCGCAAGGAGAAGAUUGCUAAGAAAGGGCUGGGAAUGGACAGCCAGGCACUCAGGGCUCUGACACGUGAGCUGCAGGAGCUGUAUCCCCAGCUGCUCUGCCAUGAGGAUGUGAAGCAGCUUUAUCUUGUUGGAAACCUUGUUGAUGUGUGCAAGGCCAAGCAGUUCCUCGAUGAUUCUGCCACCAGGAGAGGUGCUGCACACACGGUUGACACGCUGAGCAGCUCCCAGCCCUCCGGCACCACAGAGGCUGCACCACUCCUGGGCAAACCUCCUGUGCAUCCUUCAGCCACAAGACUUAGCCCAAGCAAGCAGGAGCAGAAAGGUGAGUUCAAGCUAGCUGCCAACUUCAGCACCCCGAAAGCUGACAGGUCCCAGGCUGGCCAGGACCUCUUGGUGAAUCAGGACUCUCCACCAGUGGGACAUGUGCAGCUUUCUGGGAAACAUUCAUCAGAGACACAUGCUCCUGGUCAGAGUGACCCAAGGGCACUGAGCCAGCAGUAUCAGCCUCCCACCCCUAUGACAGAUAAAGUUGUGGGGUCAGCACGGCCUCCCACCCCUAUGACAGAUAAAGUUGUGGGGUCAGCACAGCCUUCCACCCCUAUGACAGAUAAAGUUGUGGGGUCAGCACAGCCUUCCACCCCUGUGACAGAUAAAGUUGUGGGGUCACCACGGCCUUCCACCCCUGUGACAGAUAAAGUUGUGGGGUCAGCACGGCCUUCCACCCCUAUGACAGAUAAAGUUGUGGGGUCAGCAGCAGAGCCUCAGCAGAAUGACCCCACAGAAGGGGGCUAUGUGGAAGGAGGUGCCAGACUCACAGGAGAAAAGGUGCUGGGGCCUGUUGCAGGCAAAGAAAGCAGCACUUGUCAGCAUCCUGAGGACUCCAAAAGCUCAGGUCCCUUUGGGUACCACUCCCUUGCUGGCAUCUACAGCAACUGUGAUGUGACAUGGACCUCUUUUGCUUCAGGCUGCAAACCCUCUGCAUCCAGCCCUGUGCUGAGGCGGUCCAACAGCUUCUCCCUGUCGAGGUCAAAGGAAAGCAGCAACUCUGGAGACAUCAGCGGGGUGAGUGAGGAGAUGAGCCUGGACACUCUGCAGUGGUUUUACCUGAAAGAUGUCUGCCGUGCUGCUAUUGAUGAGCUGUGCAGGGCUGGAGGGGUGUGCAUCUUGGAGCGCCACGCUGGGGACUGCACGGUGCUGAUGCUGCAGGCAGAAGACAGGAGAAAGCUGCUCCAGGCUAAAUGGACGUUGGAAGAUCUUGUGCAGAAGUGCCCUGACUUGGUGUGUCAGAGUGUGAGCUACUCAGAGCUUGCUGUCAGUGGUCCAGAUGACAGUGACCUGAGUGAACUGUGCAGCCUCUUGCGAGGAAAAUCCUUCCAGGUUGGACUCAGCAAAGAUAAGUACAAGCUCUACCUUGCCUGCCCCAAGGAGAUGCUGCCAGCAAUGAAUGAGGCCUUCCAAAUGUUUUCCUCCAGGAGGCUCUGUGCCACGAAGUCUUCAUCCCUGUCUCCUGGACCAGAGAGUACAGGGAAUUUGAGUCUCCUCCAGCCAAGCAGAAGCCAGGACCCAGUGCUGGAUGUAGCCUUUCCUGGCAGCCUGAAUUCCCCACAUCACCUGAACACCAUAGAUAAAAUGGACUCUCCAAGUGUGCUCAGGGCUUCCUGGGUGCCAGAGGCUGAGGAAAAGGGGUCCCCCAGUCCUUGGAGGUACCAGCAGGCUUGGGGGCAGGAGGAGGCCAGGGGCUAUGUUGAUUCUUGGGCUGGGAGACGAGGAAGCAGCCUUCUGAACCUUGGGACAGUGAAUAAGCCAAGCCCUCCUGGCCUGAGGGAGUUCCAGGAACAGCGGAAGACAAAACUGACCCUGGGGGAGCCUGACAGCCCCCGGCUAAAACAAGUCUUGCCAGACAGAUUCCAGUUUGCAAGAGACAAGAGCAGAGGAGGCCACCAUGAAGCAAUGGGACAGCAGCACUGUCCAGUCCCUGCAGCUGAUGAAACUCUUCACUCUCUGCCCACCUGGCUACCCAGGGCUGUGGCUGCUGAGCCACCACCAGCUGUGGCCCAACAGGCACCUGCAGCAGAGCCCACAGAUCAGGGAAGGGCCCAGCUCCCAGGGGGCAGGAGCAAUGAGCAGGAGGAGCCUGAGCUCCCAUCACAGCAGCAAAGAGACCCCAGCCUUGGACAGGAAAGCAGCAGCAUCCCUCUGGAGCAGGGUGAUGCUUGCCAGGGCUGCUGUGGCCGUGCCUUGUGCAGUACAUGUUUUGCAGCAGACAGUAUGCAGCCAGCUUGCUGUGACUCCUCCUCAGAUAUCCCAAGCUGCAAUAUCCUGAGGACACUGAAGAUCUCCUCCCUGUCUCAGAGCCUGCCUGGAUUCUAUCCACACCCAACAUUGCAGCUUACUUACAACAUCCCUGAUGGAGUGCAGGGGGCUGGGGACCCUCGCCCAGGACACCCUUACAAAGGGGGGAAUUUUUGUGCCUUCCUGCCUGAAAACACAGAAGGGGUGAAGAUAGCAAAGCUGCUGAAGAGAGCAUUUGAAUGUGAGCUGACAUUCCAGAUCAAGUCCUGCAAUGGAGAGGAAAGAGUCACAUGGGGCCCUAUCCCCCACAAAACCUCCUGGGAUGGAGGCAAAGCCAGGAAUGGCUACCCAGAUGCCCAGUACCUCCACGAGGUUGGCACAGUCCUCAAUAUACUGGGCCUUGUGUGAUUCUCCCACAGCCACAGCCUGUGGCUUCCCUUCACCUUCUUUUCCUGCUGACAACACUGCAGCUUAACAGAGACAACUCAGGAAGAAGCAGGUGUUUGUUGGAAGAGUUCCUGCUUUCCCCACAUGUAGCCAGAACUCUGCCCUUUAGCAAAGAGCAGCCCCUCUGUCCCUGCCCCACACAGCCUCAGCAUGGAUCAGUGCUUCCCAGAAAAUCCAGCUCCUCUUGGAUGCAUGUCCUGAAAUCACAGAGCUGAUUGCAGCCUGAGCCCUGUUUGGCUUCCAGCAGCUGACACAAACCUGGGCAGGAGUCUGCACCUUGUCCAGCCCCAGCUUCUGGAAGUCUCUUCCAGCUCCUGCCAUUACAGAGGUUCCAGCUCAGCUGCUGCCAGAGCUGGGGUUGGAGAUGAGCUGUCCUUAGUGUCAGCCCCCAGCCCCUCUCUGAGGCCAGCAGGUGACCUGGGGCUCUCUUGGGGAGAACAGUAACAGCUUUCAGCACCCACAGCAGCUGCCUCCUCCCAGGGACAGUCUCCAUGCUGACAAAUAAACAGGAUUUAUUCUCA